GGUGGGCAUCCUGGUGCCCCGGAGGAAGGAAGCAGCCCUGGGGGGAUGUGUGGUGCAGGCAGGAGAGGUGCUGUGUGUUCUCUGAGCAUCAAAUCCGAGGGAGUGGAUGGGCUCAGGCAAGCUGUGGCUGCAGGGAUUCAGGGGUUAAAUCAAUGCAACCAAAAUUGAGGAACAAGAUUAGGGAAUAAGUGAUCCUACUAAAUUCCUCGUGAUCCCAAGCCAUGGCAAAAUGGGAUGAGGCAGCAUGAGUCACUCUGCAGAGGAGCACUGUCUCAGUGGGGAGGCAGCCAGGAGGUGAGAGCAGUGGGCAGAGUGGUGACGGAGCGGUGAGAGCUGCCCCUGGGAGCUGCAGAGGACUGCUUGCUCAUGAUGGACAGCGUCUCUUCUUCCCCUCCACUCUUCUCUGCCAGUUUCCCCACUGACCAGCCUGAGAACACCACUGCCUAUGAUGAGUACUCCAGCCUCCAGAAGAGCAUGCAUGUCCUCUCCAUGGUGGUGUACAGCAUCGCCUGUUUGCUGGGGGUGACAGGCAACGGCCUUGUCAUCUGGAUCACAGGCUUCAAGAUGAAGAAGACGGUGAACUCAGUCUGGUUCCUCAACCUGGCCAUUGCAGACUUCAUCUUCACCUUUUUCCUGCCCCUCAGCAUCGCCUACACCGCCCUGGGCUUCCAUUGGCCGUUUGGGAAGCUCCUGUGCAAGCUGAACAGCACCAUCGCCUUCCUCAACAUGUUUGCCAGCGUCUUCCUCCUGACAGUCAUCAGCAUGGACCGCUGCGUUUCUGUAGCCUUUCCUGUCUGGUCUCACAACCGCCGGAGCCCGGAGCUGGCAGCCAGGAUCGCGGUGGGGACGUGGGUCCUGGCGCUGCUCCUCAGCUCCCCGUACCUCGUCUUUCGGGACACUGCACUCAGUUCCAGGAACAGCACCAGCUGCUACAAUAAUUUUGCCCUGUCCGAUGACUACUCAUCCGAGGCAACACGGAGGCUGUGGAGGAUAAGGCAUAAAGCCAUGAUCAUAACACGAUUCUUAUGCGGGUUCCUCAUCCCUUUCAUGGUGAUCCUCAUCUGCUACAGCAUCGUUGCCAUCAAGCUGAAGAGGCGGCAGUUAGCCAGCUCUGCGAAGCCAUACAGAAUCAUCAUCGCUGUCACAGUCUCAUUCUUCCUCUGUUAUUUCCCCUAUCAUGUCUUCUCCUUGCUGGAAAUAUCCAAAAACUCUUCCAGUCCUGAGAUGAAAAUGGCCCUUUACAUCGGGAUCCCCUUGGUUUCCAGUCUCGCUUUCUUCAACAGCUGCAUCAACCCCAUCCUGUACGUAUUUGUGGGGCCGGAUUUCAAGGAGAAGUUCUGCCAGUCCAUCCUGUCGACCUUUGAAGGGGCCUUCAGUGAGGAGUCGGUCCUGGGCAGCCUCACCAGCCGGAGGAAGUCCAGGUCUGCUUCUGAAGUGGAGGUCCCGAGGGUCUGAGCGGGUGCUGGUGUGGAGGGGGCAGUUCUUUCUCUGCACUGUCACCUCGUUUCAGAGCUACAACCACAGGACUGGGGGCUGCAAAAGACUGUGCUGGCUAACGAAGUGUGAUCCGGUGUUUUGGGGGUACAUCAAGCAUACUAUGACUUAGUACACUAUGGAAAGGAAACAACUCUGUGGAGCUGCAGCAGUGUGUGUCAAAGUAGUAGCAUUUUACUCCCUUUGCCACUUCC